GUCACAGCUCCAACUCCAACCUGAGUUAAUCUUCAGAAAUAAGCAUGAGUUAAUCUGCCAAAAUGAAGACAAAAUGCUAUGCAUACAUGGUAUCACUUGUUAUGCAUAAUUAUCAUACAUAACUCAUCGCCAAAAGCACAAGACAUACUGUUGCAUGUAGGUCUAUAUUAUUUAUGGGUUGAUCACAUAGAAAUAUAAAAACAUUAUUUUUAACUACUGCAAUGCAAUUACAUGUGGCUCAGGAACCACUGACUCACUGCAUGAUUCUAUAGUAUUAUCAAGACACCUGCUGUUAACUCUUAACUACUUAGGACAGCUCACGAGGUGUCCUAAAUAUCUACUGACUAGGUGGGUAGGUAAUUUAGGCAAUGGGUAGGUAACUAGGUCAUUUAUACCCAUAAGUGUAAAAUGUCUUUAUUCUCAGCACUUAUACGACCAAUUUUCUACUCAGACACUUUGGCCAUAUUGUCAUAAAAAAACUGAAUGUUUGAUCUCAAAAUGUUGUUAUAAUUUUGUAAAAAUGUUUGUUAAACAUAAUAAUAAAAAAUGAAUAUUACUAAUGUAACCCACUGUAAAGACUGGGUUUAGGUUAUUGUGUUGCACUGCUCAUGUCCGCGUUCUGGAACUGUCCGCGUCCCCGUACAGAACUGUCCGCGUCCACGUUCGGUGUGGAUAUUGUCCGGUUACGCGCAGAGUGGACUGAGGUGAUCUUGGGGAAUAAGUUUGUUUUAGUGUUGAGACACCGAAGUUUAUUGUUCAAUUUGCUUUUUUCUUUACGGUGAGGGACAUUAUGAGUGUAGCCAGAUCCUUUUCACUCUCUAUCCUCGUUUCAUUUUGUGGUUCACCGGAUUCAUCAUCGAGACGAGGGACAGACGAACGACCUGCUAACUAACCAAGCUAGUCGGUACAGCUCGUCCAAUCAAGCAGGAGAGACCAGCCUCCCCUGUUCCCAGCUGUGUGUCCAUGAAGAGUGACCAGUCUAUGCAUCAACCUAUACACUUUAGAGAGGGAGACUUUUCUACUGAACAAAGACCAAUCAAGCAGGAGAGACCAGCCUCCCCUGUUCCCAGCUGUGUGUCUAUGAAGAGUGACCGGUCUAUGAAUCCUCCUAUAUCCUUUAGAGAGGGAGACUUUUCUACUGAACAAAGAAACCAACAGAAGAGAUCAGAGUCAGAGAUUCUCAGUGGUCAGUCUUCCCAGAGUCAUCAAACAGACCUGGCCUCCAUAUUCAGUAUGCUUGAAGAUAAAAUUAUGACAUUUGUGAAGAACGAGCUGAAGAUGUUCAAGAGGAUUCUUAGUCCAGAAUUCCCAGAAGGCUUUGAGAGUCAGAAACAGGAUAAGGAAGUGGUGGAUGCUGAAGAUGAGAAGCAGGAGAGCAGUGCCAGAGAGGGGGCUCUGAAGAUCACACUGCACAUCCUGAGGAAAAUGAACCAGAAGGAGCUCGCUGACACACUGGAGAAAUAUUCAGAUGAGCUUGCUGUGAUUUGCCAACGUGAACUCAAAUCUAAUCUAAAGAAGAAGUUUCAAUGUGUAUUUGAGGGGAUCGCUAAACAAGGAAACCCAACACUUCUCAAUAAGAUCUACACAGAGCUCUACAUCACAGAGGGUGGAACAGGAGAGGUCAAUAAUGAACAUGAGCUGAGACAGAUUGAGACAACAACCAGGAAACAAGCAAGACCAGAGACUGCAAUCAAAUGUAACGACAUCUUCAAACCCUUAACUGGACAAGACAAACGUAUCAGAACUGUGCUGACAAAGGGAGUCGCUGGCAUUGGAAAAACAGUCUCUGUGCAGAAGUUCAUUCUGGACUGGGCUGAAGGAAAAGCAAAUCAGGAUGUCCAAUUUGUAUUUUCAUUCCCUUUCCGGGAGCUGAAUUUGAUGAAAGGGGACAAACACACUUUCAUUGAACUUCUUAAUCACUUCUCAAUGGAAACCAAACAAUCAGGAAUCUCCAUCUACAACAAGUACAAAGUUCUGUUCAUAUUUGACGGUCUGGAUGAGUGCCGACUGCCCCUAGACUUCCAGAAGAACAAGAUCUGUUGGGACGUCACAGAGUCAACCUCAGUGGAUGUUCUGCUGACAAAUCUCAUCAAGGGAAAUCUGCUUCCCUCUGCUCUCCUCUGGAUAACUACCCGACCUGCAGCAGCCAAUAAGAUCCCUUCAGGGUGUGUUGACCAGGUGACAGAGGUACGAGGGUUCAAUGACCCACAGAAGGAGGACUACUUCAGGAAGAGAUGUAGUGAUGAGGACCUGGCCAGCAGAAUCAUCUCACACAUAAAGACAUCAAGGAGCCUCCACAUCAUGUGCCACAUUCCAGUCUUCUGUUGGAUUUCUGCAACAGUCCUUGAACACAUGCUGAAACAUAAGAGAGAAGAGAUGCCCAAGACUCUGACUGAGAUGUACACACACCUUGUGGUGUUUCAUACCAAACAGAAGAAUGCAAAGUAUCUUGUGAAAGAAGAGACAGGUCCACACUGGAAUAAAGAGAGCAUUCUGUCACUGGGAAAACUGGCUUUUCAACAGCUUGUGAAUGGCAAUCUGAUUUUCUAUGAAGAAGACCUGAAGGAGGCUGGCAUUGAUGUCAGUGAAGCCUCAGUGUACUCAGGACUGUGCACACAGCUCUUUAAAGAGGAAUGUGUGCUGUACCAGGACAAGGUGUACUGCUUUGUUCAUCUGAGCAUUCAGGAGUUUCUGGCUGCUGUAUAUGUGUUCCUCUCAUUCAUCAACAACAAUCAGAAUCUAAUGGAUGAACUGCAAACAAAGUCCAGUGUCUUUUCUUCACUGUUCAGAGAGAAGCCUAAAGUUACUGAAGUUACUUUCUACAAGAGUGCUGUGGAUAAAGCCUUACAAAGUGAGACGGGAAACCUGGACCUUUUCCUCCGCUUCCUUCUGGGCCUCUCACUGGAGUCCAAUCAGAAGCACUUACGAGGUCUACUGACAAAGACAAGAAGCAGCUCACAGAGCCAUGAAGACACAGUCGAGUACAUCAAGGAGAAGAUCGGGGAGGAUCUCUCUCCAGAGAGGAGCAUCAAUCUGUUCCACUGUCUGAAUGAACUGAAUGACCAUUCUCUAGUGGAGGAGAUCCAAAGAUACCUGAGCUCAGGAAGUCUCUCAAAACCCAAACUGUCACCUGCACAGUGGUCAGCUCUGGUCUUUGUGUUGCUGACUUCAGAAAAGGAGCUGGAUGUGUUUGACCUGAAGAAAUACUCCAGAUCAGAGGAAGGUCUUCUGAGGCUGCUGCCAGUGGUCAAAGCCUCCAGAGCUGUUCUGCUGUCAUUCUGUGGACUCACAGAGGAAGGCUGUGCUUCUCUGGUCUCAACUCUGGAGUCAAACCCCUCACACCUGAGAGAGCUGGACCUGAGUAACAAUGACCUGAACGAUUCAGGAGUGAAGCUGCUCUCUGCUGGACUGGGGAAUCCCCACUGUAAACUGGAGACUCUGAGGCUGUCAGGCUGUCUAGUCACAGAGGAAGGCUGUGCUUCUCUGGUCUCAGCUCUGAGGUCAAACCCCUCACACCUGAGAGAGCUGGACCUGAGCUACAAUCACCCAGGAGACUCAGGAGUCAGACUGCUCUCUGCUGGACUGGAGGAUCCACACUGCAGACUGGAGAAACUCAAGCUGUCAGGCUGUGGAGUCACAGAGGAAGGCUGUGCUUCUCUGGUCUCAGCUCUGGAGUCAAACCCCUCACACCUGAGAGAGCUGGAUCUGAGUAACAAUGACCUGAAGGAUUCAGGAGUGAAGCUGCUCUCUGCUGGACUGGGGAAUCCCCACUGUAAACUGGAGACUCUGAGACUCACUGUCUGUAAACUCACAGACACAUCCUGUAAAGUGUUGGCCUCAGCUCUGAGGUCAAACCCCUCACACCUGAGAGAGCUGGACCUGAGUAACAAUGACCUGAAGGAUUCAGGAGUGAAGCUGCUCUCUGCUGGACUGGGGAAUCCCCACUGUAAACUGGAGACUCUGAGACUCACUGUCUGUAAACUCACAGACACAUCCUGUAAAGAGUUGGCCUCAGUUCUCAGUUCAAACCCCUCACACCUGAGAGAGCUGGAUCUGAGUAACAAUGACCUGAAGGAUUCAGGAGUGAAGCUGCUCUCUGCUGGACUGGGGAAUCCCCACUGUAAACUGGAGACUCUGAGGCUGUCAGGCUGUCUAGUCACAGAGGAAGGCUGUGCUUCUCUGGUCUCAGCUCUGGAGUCAAACCCCUCACACCUGAGAGAGCUGGACCUGAGCUACAAUCACCCAGGAGACUCAGGAGUCAGACUGCUCUCUGCUGGACUGGAGAAUCCACACUGCAGACUGGAGAAACUCAAGCUGUCAGGCUGUGGAGUCACAGAGGAAGGCUGUGCUUCUCUGGUCUCAGCUCUGGAGUCAAACCCCUCACACCUGAGAGAGCUGGAUCUGAGUAACAAUGACCUGAAGGAUUCAGGAGUGAAGCUGCUCUCUGCUGUACUGGGGAAUCCCCACUGUAAACUGGAGACUCUGAGGUCAGUAUUAUCAGAUAUGAAAGCACUUUAUGUAUGUAGUUCUCCCAUUUGAAAAGUCGUAAUUAUUCGGUUAUAUUCACUUAUAGUGUAUUAAAGUAGUCAUAAGUUUAGUAUUUGGUCCCAUAUUCCAUGCCUGCAGUGAUUACAUCAAGCUUGUGAUUCUACUAACUUGUUGAAUUAAUUUGCAGUUUGUCUUGGUUGUGUUUUAGAUGUUUUCCUGAUAGAAACUGAAUGGUGAAUAAUGUCCUGUCAUUUUGGAGUCACUUCACUUGUAUUGUCAGUAAGAAUAGAAGAUGUUUCUGAACACUUCUACAUUCAUGUGGAUGCUACCAUGAUGAUGAAUAAUCAGGAAUGAAUCGUCAAUGAUGAUGAAUGAGAAAGUUAGAGAGGCACAAAGAUCAGACCCACUCUGAUAUUGGUAAUGGUGAGAGGUUAGCAUGUUUUGUUGUUGCCUCUGUUGUUGGUAAUGGUGAGAGGUUAGCAUGUUUUGUUG